UUAAUUGCAUGAGUAAUAAGAAACCAGCUCCGGUUAUCCAGGGCACAGUCCUCCGUUUGACCUGCGUUUUCGUUGAAUCUUCGAGCUUCGUAAUCCCUGUACUGUUUCUUCUUUAAUUUAAAAAUCCUGCUGAAUCCAUGAGGGCUCAAAGCACUAGAUUUCGAAUUUUGUUAUUUUAAUCUUCUCUGCUUGCUCUUUCUGUGUCGUAUAUAUAUAGAGGGUUGGUUUAGAGUAGGCAAGCACUAAAUAGAACAGAGUGCUUUUUGUUGGAAGAGACCAAAUAUUGAGGUUUGUUUACUGGACACAAGCUCUCAUUAAGGCUGCAACUGAGAGGUUUCAGCGGGAGAAGAAAAAAGAAAAGAAGAAGAAAGUAGGUUUGUCGGAGAAGAAGAGGAAAAAGAAGGUGAGAAGAUGAACAGUGAUGAGGUGUACUCAGAUUGGAAUCAUGGGUUAUUAUACGGGCUAGAAAAUGUAGAAGAGGAUGGAGAGUUGAUUACAGGUGGAUCGACAUUAAUGCCGUCUAUACCACCUCAACCUCAAACACCGAAAGAACCAAUGGAGUUCUUAUCAAGAUCAUGGAGUCUUUCCGCUUCUGAAAUUUCAAAAGCUCUUGCUCAAAAUCACAAGCCCAAAAACUUUUUUCUCGAUAAUAAUAACUCUAAUAAUAUUUUCCCCGACUCCAAUCUCACUCCAUUACCACAAUCAACAGGGAAGGUUAUAAGCUCAACGAACUCUCGGAAAACUGGAUCCAUCGGAAAAUGGUUUCAGCAGAAGGAGUUGAUGAGUAACUCGGUGAAGAAGAAAGACAGGGCAAGAGUUGAGAACGCCCAUGUCCACUCAGCCGUGUCAGUUGCAGGGUUAGCAGCAGCCUUGGCUGCUGUUUCUGCAGCAAGUAACAGAGCCAGUGGUGGUUCGAGUUCAAAAAUGGCGAUGGCACUGGCAUCUGCCACUGAACUCUUGGCUUCUCAUUGCAUUGAACUGGCUGAACAAGCCGGUGCCGAUCAUGAUCGUGUUGCUUCCGUCGUCAGAUCAGCCGUCGAUAUUCACAGUCCCGGCGAUCUAAUCACUCUCACAGCUGCAGCAGCAACGGCUUUGAGAGGAGAAGCUGCGUUAAAAGCUAGAGUUCCGACAGAAGGAAGGAAAAAUGCAAGUAUAAGUCCAUGUGAAAGGAGUAUAACGGAGAUUCAUUGGCCUGCUGCUUUUCAUAAUAGAACGGAUCAAGAACAGAAUCCUCCAUGUGAGGGUGAAUUAAUGCAGAUCACUCGAAAAGGAGUGUUGCGAUGGAAGCGAGUAUCAGUUUAUAUCAACAAAAAAUCUCAGAUCAUAAUCAAGCUAAAGAGCAAACAUGUGGGGGGAGCCUUCUCCAAGAAGAAUAAAUGCAUCGUUUAUGGAGUCUGCGACGAGACCGCUGCAUGGCCAUACAGGAAAGAGAGGGAAAACACAGAAGAUCUGUAUUUUGGACUGAAGACUGCACAGGGACUUAUGGAGUUCAAAUGCAGGAGCAAGCUUCAUAAGCAAAAAUGGGUUGAUGGAAUUCAGAGUCUUCUUCGCCAAGUUACCUGCAUUGAGGCAACUGACUGCUCCCUUCAGUCUUUAAGCAUAACCAAUACUAUAUAAAUCAUAUAUACAUAUAUAUGCAUAUGUAGAUCAUUUGCUUUGUACAUAGAUAUCAAGUAGUAUUCACAGGAAACUCUCAAAUCAUUUUGUUUUUUCAACACAUUAUAAAAGUCAUCAGUGUGAUCUUUAUAUUGAAGUUUUGGAAUUAAAUGGACA